UUUUUUUUAAGCUUUUACCUUUUGUCCAACACAUCAAUUCUCUUUUCUCAAAAUCCAUAACUUCACCUUUUGUCUUUCUCGACUUGACAUCAAAGAAGAAAAAAAAGUAGACUAGACAAAAAAUAGAACUAUAGCCAGCGAAUUCUAGGGGAUAAAGAAAGAAAAAAAGAAAAAAUAGUGGCAAGACUUGCCUACCGCCACCAUGCCGGUCAACCACAAUGAUCACUAUGUGGUAAACGCCGCCCAACCACGGAGGCAGAUCAUGGAACUCAAGCUUUCAGAAGAGGUUCUAGAAGAGAUCCUCAAUGGCAAUGAAUCCAUUCAAAUUGACAUGAACCAAUUUAAAUUGCUUGUGGGAGGAACUGCGCAUGAUUUUACGCACAUGGGACAAUCGGGGCCUCUCAAAGACAUUGAAGUGUACAAGAUGAAGUUUGGAACAAAGCAAUUGGAUCUGGUUGGCGAUUUGACUGCAAAAUGUGCUAUCCAAAGGACUCAUGUAAAGAAAGUUCACAAGAAAGCAACCAAACAUGAGCCCGUGAGAACUACUCAAAUUAUUGACGCCAAGGACUUGAAAAAAACAGCCGCCCCAGUACGGCGUCCACAAUCGCCAUUGACUUCAUCAACAAUAGCUACAGCAGGUACAGCAACAUCGACAAUAUCAGCAUCAACAGUACCCGCAAGUACAACAGCUACAGCAGGCACGAUAGUGCCAUUGAAGACUCGUGUCGUACAGUUAUUAGCCCUGCAGUCGAAAGGCACAGAGGAAAAGGAAUUACUCAAGAUCCUGAGAGUUGGACAUGACGACCUACAGUCCAUUUUAUCAAUUGUGGCCAAUCUAUCUUCUUCAGGGCGAUACGUUUUGAAACCGGAAACGUACAAGGAAGUAAAGAUUUACGAUUGGAAAAGCUACUCAGCAAAGGAGCGGCAAAUUGUGGUAAAGAACGCCAGCGCUGCGUUUGACAAGUUGGGACUUGGAUUAGAUGCACCAGAACGGGAUAUCCUUUCAGAAGAAAAGGCGAGGCGGACGAGUCCACCUCAAGUGGCAGAAGGAUAUCACAUUGUUGGAAACAUGGAAACUCCCAACUCGAAACGGUGGGCGGGAGGAGGUGGAGGAGGAUCAGAAUCAGAAGGACUUGAUAAUGGGAGGAUGGCCGGUGGUAAUCCGCUACUGAAGCCGCCCACAGCAACACAAAAGAAAACUUCAGCAAAAAAAUCACCAAUACCAGGACAAACUCUGACCAAAAAAAAGGGUACAUCAACAAAAGGUUCUAGUAAAUCCAGCCGUCAAUCAGCAGCGGCAGCAAUAUUGGAAAACGUAGCAAAUCAUAGCACAAAAGGAGUGUCUACCCCUUCCAGCACUACGAAACCCGCAUUAGUAGGGACACCUAACGCGGUUGGUAUAGGGUCACCUAUCAUUGCAGGACGGCGGCCUUCGAUUAACGGUAAUGGAAAUACUGUAUCUUCUGUAAAACGAGGCUCAGAGACAGUAAAAAAGGCGAGGUCAAGUAACCAAGAAUUAGGAGGUAUUGGUAAUGGCUACAAAAUCCCAAAAGUCAGCUCUGGAGUAACAGUACCACCAAAACCUCAAAGUCCGACCUUUACAGUACCGCCAAUUUCGACCCAGGCAGAGUUUGAAGAAGUCUCACGGCAAUUCACAGCAAAAUACCAAGAGAUGAUGAUGAUUAAAGCGCGGCUUGACAAGAAGAAGGAGCUAUUUGAUCGACUCGGUGCGGAGCUAGAGCGUGCUAUUGGGACAGAUCGGGAAGCAGAGUUGAAGCGCAAGGUGCAGGAUGCGUUCGGCGAAGAUGUUGUGGAUCGCAAAGUAUUACGUAGGACAGGUGAGCCCCGCAAUGGCGUGAGUGCAGAAAAAGCAGCAGCAGCAAAAGCUGAGCAGAGCCAACAUAUGAGUCUCCGAACGAUGGCAGAGCGGUAUAAGAGUCUUCACCAUGAGGUUGACACAAUGAAGCGGGCCUUGUGGGAGGCAGGUACUGCACAGGCAGAAAAAGUUGCACAGUCCAAUCCUAUCUCUGUAGGCGGAGGUAAUGGCUAAUUGUUAAGAAGAGAAGACAGCGAGAAAGAAAGCCAUGGAUCAAAAAGAAAAGGA